CGUCACCACAAGAAAAAAUCUCUCAGGUUUCGUUUUUAAUGGAGGAAAUAUCAUCUUCUUCGUCUACUUCAGAUACUCAACAACAAACUAAUCUCAAAAUGGGCACACAAAAGCGCAAGGCAGGAAGGAAAAAGUUUCAGGAAACUCGCCAUCCUGUGUAUAAGGGGGUCCGGCGAAGGAAUGGAAAAUGGGUGAGUGAAUUGCGACAACCUCAUAACAAUUCCUCCAGGAUUUGGCUUGGAACGUUUCCAAACCCUGACAUGGCUGCUAGGGCUUAUGACGUAGCUGCUUUAGCUCUUAGGGGAGAUUCUUCCUCAUUGAACUUCCCUGAAUCAGCCCAUUUGUUGCCCCAGGUUAGGUCUACUUCUAUUAGGGACAUUCAGUGUGCUGCUUUAGAGGCUGCAGAUAAGUUUCGGUCUUUUUCUUCUACUUCAUCUUCUUGUUCUUCAUCGAUAAACAGCGUAGAUGGAACCCAAAAGGUUGAAGAAGCUUGUAAAAGCAGGGACUUGUUUUUAGAUGAGGAAGAGUUGUUUAACAUGCCAGCAUUACUUGAUAGUAUGGCAGAAGGGCUGAUUCUUACUCCACCAGCCAUGAAAAGAGGGUUCAGCUGGAAUGAUGUGGAUGAUGAUACUGUGGAUUUAACUCUAUGGAGUGAUUGAUCAUGACCCUUCACCUUAUGUAAUUCUCAAUGUUUGUUCGGAUAGUACUCUGCACAAUUGAGAAGUAUACUGUUGGUUCUCCAUUUUUGGAUUGAUUACAUCAAAAUGGAAGGAAGGUAAUUAUUUAAAAUUUUAUCUAGAUCCGGUACACAACCAAAAACACAAUCUCUUCCACACCUUGAAUAACUAAAAUGGAGAUGAACUUUAAGUUAGACACAAUAAUUAGCAAUCAUUUUAUUCUUGUUUAAGAGGGAAGUAUUAUUAGUGGCCCAAAUGGUGUUAUACAGUAUAAAAAAUAAAGCAAAAUUUACACAAAAUGAAAGAGAAUAUGAAUUUUUAAUUUAUCA